AAUAAAGGGGUGGCUCAUAGAAGAUUCCAGCACCCUCCCCUAACUCCAGGCCAGACUCCUUUCAGCUAGAGGGGAGAUCUGGAUGGCACCUACUUUGUAUGACUAUUGCAGAGUGCCCAUGGAUGACAUUUGGAAGAAAGACGGGGAUAAGCGCUGUAAGCUUCUGCUGGGGAUAGGAAUUCUGGUGCUCCUGAUCAUAGUGAGUCUGGGGGUGCCCCUGAUUAUCUUCACCAUCAAGGCCAACAGCGAGGCCUGCCGGGACGGCCUUCGGGCAGUGAUGGAGUGUCGCAAUGUCACCCAUCUCCUGCAACAAGAGCUGACCGAGGCCCAGAAGGGCUUUCAGGAUGCGGAGGCCCAGGCCGCCACCUGCAACCAGACUGUGAUGGCCCUAAUGGCUUCCCUGGAUGCAGAGAAGGCCCAAGGACAAAAGAAAGUGGAGGAGCUUGAGGGAGAGAUCACUACAUUGAACCACAAGCUUCAGGACGCGUCUGCGGAGGUGGAGCGACUGAGAAGAGAAAACCAGGUCUUAAGCGUGAGAAUCGCGGACAAGAAGUACUCCGCCAGCUCCCAGGACUCCAGCUCUGCUGCGGCGCCCCAGAUCCUGAUUCUGCUGCUGGGCCUCAGCGCUCUGCUGCUGUGAGAUCCCAGGAAGCUGGCACAUCUUGGAAGGUCCGGUUCCUGCUCAGCUUUUUGCUUGAACAUUCCCUUGAUCUCAUCAGUUCUGAGAGGGUCAUGGGGCAGCACGGUUACUGGGGAGGGCACGGGGUAGCCAUAGAAGGGUCUCUGGAGCAGGUCUGGAGGGUGUGGGGACACAGUCGGGUUGACCCAGGGCUGUCUCCCUCCAGAGCCAGGCAGGGAAUGAGUCCCCCCUCUUGUCUCCCACCCUGAGAUGAGCAUGGGGUGCGGUGGGGGGGCAUGUGCUGCCUGUUGUUACGGGUUUUUCUUUGCGGGGGGGUGCUAUUUUCUGGGGUCUUUGAGCUCCAAAAAAUAAACACUUCUUUUGAGGGAGAGCACACCUUA